GAUAUUCUCAGUGAGAGUGCGGAAAUUAUAUUAUUUUUCGAAUUUCCAUCAAGAACCAUCAGGAAAGUGAAAGCAUUCUUCUCACUGCCUUCUUUUUGUCUCCGCUGCAAUAAUAGUGGCAACAGCUACUAGUAAGACCAAAAGACCUUCACAAAUCUGAACUUCCUAUUGAUCAAAUUAGUCGAACGGGGAAAAUUUUAGAGGAUGAAUGAACAACUUGCAUGUGCUGAUGCUGUUGCUGGAUGAACCGGAAACAAUAUUUCAGUAUUAUUGACGAAUAGGAGAUCAUCGUCGUGACAGCUAGGAGGCAUAAUCAAGUAACAUGACUGGUGAUGAUGCAGCAGCAGCAGGAUUCCGAUUCAACAAUAAAAAAAAAAAAUCACCAGGAGCGCUGCAUGACUGAUAAAGCAGCCGUCGUCUUCAGUCUCGUUCUUGUUGAUGAUGCCGCCACCGCCGCCACCGUCGCCGCCACCAGCUGCAGCAGCAUUAGCACAGCAUCAUCAGAGACACCAGGAAAAAGCGGGGCGGGGGUUAUUGAUGAAUAACAACGACGACGACGACAAUUUAAAGUCGUCCUCUUCGUCCUCCGCGAUUCCAUCUUCGUCUCAUAAUCAUUAUCAUUAUCCGUCGUCGUUUCAAACUGUUCUCUGCCGCCUCGUGCGUCGUGGGUGUGCCAGUACGCUGCUUGACUCACCAGCAGUCCACGUGCCUUACGGCGUCCUCCGUCGCAUCACAAACAACUUCCUACAUUCGCGGAAACUGGGGAAAGGCGGCACUAGUUCCGUCUACCGAGGCGUCUUUGCCCCGCGUUAUUCAAAUCCUUCCUCGUCUUCUUUUGCCUUUGCGACGGAUAUUCAUCAGCAGCAGGAACAGGCGGUUGCGACGGUGCAGGUGGCCGUCAAACGCCUCAACAUGGACUAUUACGUCAGCGGCAGAAGUAGCAGAAGAAGGAGAAGACGAAGAAAUGGCACGAAGAAUGACAAUAAGAAGUCGUCUUAUUCUGCCACUGCUGCGGUCAUCAAACCCGUUUUGCUUGCGCGUCAAUUUGUCUUGGAAGUUGAGCAGAUUGCCAAGAGGUCCUCCCGGCAACAACAACUCAUGUAUUUAGAAGCUACAUACCCUAGAAUCAAGCACCCGAACCUGCUGGAGAUCCUCGGCUACUCCAUCAACGGCCCAUUCCCGUGCAUCGUGUACCGGUUCCUGCCCGAGGGCUCAGUACUCGACCAUCUCUUGUUAUCGCCGGAAAUGUCGACGUCAAGAAAUGCCAGAGACAGCACGGGUCAUCCCUGCCUAUUCAACGAUGCCCUGGCCCGUGUCCGAGUGGCCCUGGACACGGCAGCCGGCCUGGCCUUUCUCCACAGCCGUCACAUGGUGCACCGCGACGUCAAGGCGGCCAACAUCCUGCUGGACAAGCACUUGCGGGCCCAACUCGGAGACUACGGCUUUGCAGCAUCAAUCAGCUCCAGUGAUGAUAGUCGUGAGGAUAAUGAUGAUGCUGAUCAUGUUCAGCAAGUGGUUGGCACUCUUGCCUACAUGGCCCCCGAGGCCUUCCUGGGCCACGUGUCACCCAAGCUGGACUCGUUCGCCUUUGGCGUCGUGCUCUUGGAGCUGCUCACGGGCAUGCCGGCCUUUGACGACAACCUGGCGCAUCCAGGUCAAGAUUUGAAAGACAAUGGCAGUUGA